AUGACCUUGCAUGAAUGCUACAUGCAGGGGAGUAAGGACAAGGAGAGAGUUCAUGCCCAUGACAGGUUUCUUUUCUUUUCUCUUAGGCCUGUCCCAGGUUCUCUGUCUUCACUACUGCACCUACACAACCGACAAAGACAGCCUAUGCCUGCCUCUAUGCCUGGCACCCUGCCCAACCCUACCAUGCCGGGAUCUUCUGCUGUACUCAUGCCUAUGGAGCGACAAAUGUCAAUGAACUCCAACAUCAUGGGGAUGCAGGGGCCGAACCUCAAUAAUCCAUGUGCUUCACCUCAAGUCCCCCCAAUGCAUUCAGAGGCCAAAAUGAGACUGAAGGCAGCACUGACUCAUCAUCCUGCCACCAUGUCGAAUGGGAACAUGAACACCAUGGGCCACAUGAUGGAAAUGAUGAGCUCGCGGCAGGACCAGACGCCACACCAUCAUAUGCACUCACAUCCUCAUCAGCACCAGACACUGCCACCUCAUCACUCAUACCCGCAUCAGCACCAGCAUCCGGCGCACCACCCUCACCCUCAGCCUCAUCACCAGCAGAACCAUCCCCACCACCACUCUCACUCGCACCUUCACGCACACCCAGCACAUCACCAGACCUCGCCGCACCCGCCGCUGCACUCAGGCGGACAAGCACAGGUCUCGCCGGCGGCGCAGCAGAUGCAGCCCACGCAGACGAUACAGCCGCCACAGCCAACUGGAGGUCGCCGGAGGAGGGUGGUGGACGAAGACCCAGAUGAGAGGAGGCGGAAAUUUCUGGAAAGGAACCGAGCUGCUGCCACGCGCUGCAGACAGAAGAGGAAGGUCUGGGUGAUGUCACUGGAAAAGAAAGCAGAAGAGCUCACCCAGACAAACAUGCAGCUUCAGAAUGAGGUUUCCAUGCUGAAAAAUGAGGUAGCACAGCUGAAACAGUUAUUGUUAACACAUAAAGACUGUCCGAUAACAGCUAUGCAGAAAGAAUCACAAGGAUAUCUAAGUCCCGAGAGCAGUCCUCCUGCGAGCCCGGUCCCAGCUUGCUCCCAGCAGCAAGUCAUCCAGCACAACACCAUAACGACCUCCUCCUCUGUCAGCGACGUCGUGGGAAGCUCCACUCUCACUCAGCUCGCCAGCCACAGAACAGACAUCAACCCCAUCCUUUAAAAGUGGUUGAUCAGAAACUGCUAGGGGAGUGUGGUAGCAUAUCAAAGCGUCCUCUCUGCUAAGGACAUUCGCAACCAUAACUCAAGCCUGGAAGAUUCCUCAGUUCUUGAAAGACUCUGGCUUUUCAUUUUUAUAGUUAUUAAAAUGUCUUUUAUACUUAGUUACAUAAAAGGGAGUUAUGCAAUUAAUAUGCUAUCAGCUUGAGAAAUGCUUUGGUGCUUUCUCCAUUUUUUUGGUACCAGUUACUUGUUUAUAAACCUAACUGUUUCUGUACAUAGUCAUGUUUCCUUCUCACCAGUCUAGCCUGAAGCCUCAGAAAUACGAAGUUGUGUUAAACUGCAUCUUGUUAGCCAACAUGAGGCAUGAAAAAUAUUAAACAGAGUCAUACGUAGGUAACUAGGAGUAAUUAGGCUAUAAAUAUAGAGAGAGGGCAUCUGCUGACAGCAUAAUAAAAAAGAGUUAGCGUUAUGCUAUCAGCAGACUGUGUUUUGCAUUCAGAGCCUCUUUCAAAGUGGUUAUAUAGGAUGUGGCUAUCAGGACAAAAUCAAGCCCAAAUAACGUGCUCUUUUGUCUAGCCCUCCCCCUUCUCCUCUCUCCCCUACCCUGGCCUUUUUCUCCUCCAGUUAUUCUCACACCUUCCUUUUCCCUUCUCAAACCCUUUUCAUUCCCCAGCUUUUUUUUCCUGCUUUUUUUUUUUUCAUUCCAAGGCUUUCUCGCUUCCCUCUUUUUCUCAAAGAACAGUGAUGAACAAGCAAAACCUUCAAGCCCGCCUAAAAACUGUCGGCACGGCUCCUGCUUUCACUAGCUCUGCAGUUGGGCUGUGCCGAGCAUUUUGCUUUUAAAAAGUAGAAAUGCUCCUGAUUUAGUGUUUUUAAUAAACAGGGAAAGGCGAAAGCGGUGUGGCCGCAGGUGAAGCAGGAUGGAGAGCCAGCUGUGUUGAUGCU